CUUUCCAAAAAUAAAUUUCCUUAAAUUUUACGUAAUUUAAGUCGCAAUAACCAAAGUUCGAGUGCAAAGCGCAUCCAAAAUGAUCCGUCGACCCCAAUCUCUUGCUAAUUUGUGCAAAUCACUGACAAACCUCCGUGUUUCACGCCAAUUUCAGCCAUUCCUCGUUCACACAAGAGGCAAAAAGAACAAAGUCGACCUCUCGCAACUUGUGACUCCCGUUCCCAUCAAACCAUCGCCCGAUGACAUCAACGUUGGCGCCGAACUAUCGGGAAAAAUCGACAAAACUGCCCUUCUGAAGAUCCUGAAUCAGUUUACGCAUCAAAAGGAAAUCCGGAAUUUGUGCUUGGAAAAUGCUCUUGAUGAGAGUUUUCAACAAACCGCCUUCAUGAGUUUCCGCAAAUAUUGCAUGGAAAUGGAAUCCCUGCCCGUCGAUUUGCACAUCACAAUUAGUGACAUCCUUCAAGGCGCCGGUCAUCCAACGGAUCUCUUUCCGUACUUUCUGCGACACGCGAAGCAAAUUUUUCCGCAUCUCGAUUGCAUGGAUGACUUGAAGAAAAUCUCGGAUUUGCGUGAACCCGCAAAUUGGUAUCCGAGUGCGAGAGCGAUAAAUCGGAAAAUUAUUUUUCAUUCGGGACCCACGAAUUCGGGAAAGACGUAUCAUGCGAUGCAGCGAUUCGCAAAGGCGAAAUCCGGGGUUUAUUGCGGACCAUUGAAGUUGUUGGCGCAAGAAGUUUAUCACAAAAUCAAUGCAAGCGGGACGGAUUGCGAUUUAGUGACGGGAGAAGAGAGAAAAUUUGCACAAGGAGAGGGAAAUCCGUCGCCGCAUGUUUCGUGUACUGUGGAAAUGACGUCGGUUAAUACUCCAUACGAAGUAGCUGUAAUCGAUGAAAUCCAACAAAUAAAAGACCCAGGACGAGGAUGGGCCUGGACUCGUGCCUUUCUCGGCUUAAUUGCUGACGAAAUCCACGUUUGUGGCGAACCCGGAACAGCUCAAUUGCUCCAACGUUUAUGCGACAUAACCGGCGAAACUCUCGAAAUUCGUCAUUACAAACGCCUCACAAGUCUCACAAUCGAAAAAACCGCUCUUGGCUCCUUAAACAACGUUCAACCCGGCGAUUGUAUCGUGUGUUUCAGCAAAAACGACAUUUACUCCGUGUCGCGACAAAUCGAAGCAAGCGGCAAAGAAGUUGCUGUAAUUUACGGAAGUCUCCCCCCGAACACUAAAAUCGCUCAAUCCGCGAAAUUUAAUGAUGUGAACAACAGUUGCAAAGUCAUGGUAGCUACCGACGCAAUCGGGAUGGGUCUCAAUUUGAGCAUUCGUCGCGUCAUUUUUUACUCUUUAAUCAAGCCGAUGGUCAACGAAAAGGGCGAAAAGGAGAUGGAUACGAUUUCGGUGUCGCAAGCCUUGCAAAUCGCAGGUCGAGCGGGCAGAUAUGGGACUCAAUGGGAACACGGGUAUGUCACAACUUACAAACACGAAGAUUUGCCGACGUUAAAUAAGCUUCUGGCAAGCCCGACGGAGCCAAUUACGCAAGCAGGACUUCAUCCGACGGCAGAUCAGAUCGAAUUGUACGCUUUUCAUUUGCCAAACUCGUCGUUGAGUAAUUUGAUCGAUAUUUUUAUCACACUUUCGACUGUCGACGACUCGCUUUAUUUCAUGUGCAACAUUGACGACUUCAAAUUUCUCGCGGAAAUGAUCCAACAUGUCCCGUUGCCGCUUCGUGCUCGUUAUGUUUUCUGUUGUGCGCCAAUAAAUCGCAAAAUGCCGCUCGUUUGUUCGAUGUUUUUGAAAUACGCGCGUCAAUAUAGCAAAAAUGAGCCCGUGACGUUCGAUUGGUUAUCGACCCACGUCGCUUGGCCAUGGAGCAUGCCAAAAACCAUCGUCGAUUUAGUCAAUUUGGAAGCUGUUUUCGACACUUUGGACUUGUAUUUGUGGCUCAGUUACCGAUUUAUGGAUAUUUUCCCCGACGCGAAACUCGUUAGAGACAUGCAAAAGGAACUCGACCAAAUAAUCCAACAAGGCGUCUUCCAAAUUACGAAACUUUUGAAGAAUUCCGAGACCCCGAUCUCGUCAAAUACUCCCGAUGAGGAUAGUUUUGCCUUAAGUACGCGGAAAAAUCAGUACAACAGAAAUACGGUUAAUGUCACGAAAAGUCUCUUUGAAGACGGGUUCUUCUCAGAUGAUGAAAAGAUGCAAAGAAGAGGGAAGGAAAUGUCGAAAAGUCCGUUGAAAUAUGGGAAGUUGUCGAAAAAACUCAUUGAACAGGGUUUGUUGACGCCUGAGAUGUUGGAAAUGUUGAAGAAAGAAUGGAGUGCGAAUGAGAAUAAUUCAAAUAAUGACGACGAUGGGCCCUUUCAUGUUGGCGGAAGCGGGAGAAGAGGGAGGAAAAAGUAGAGUUUAGGAUUUUUUUUAGGGUAAUAAAGUAGAUGACAAUUAUUCAAU